GAAUCUGUUUCUGGAGUUGUGCAAAAGAUUGGUAGACUUGGAAAUUAAACGGCACAUGCGGUUUUAGAGUAGAUAGAAGAAAGGAAAAUAGAAAGACAAUGACCAGAUCCAACAGAGGCCUCACGAUCUGCAUUAGAUUAUUGUGGCUGUGGAGAAAAGCACUUUUGCUGCUACUGCUGCUUCCCAACUUUUGUUCAACGCAGACAGUCAUCAAGAACUUGCCAGGAUUUUCUGGUGACCUCCCAUUCGAGCUUGAAACUGGGUACGUGGGGGUAGGCAAUAAGGAUGAGCUGCAACUGUUCUACUACUUCACUGAGUCAGAAAGGAGCCCAGAAAAUGAUCCUCUGCUGCUUUGGAUCACUGGAGGCCCUCGAUGCUCUGCUUUUUCUGGCCUCGUUUAUGAAAUUGGUCCAAUAGCUUUCAGUUUUACAAGAAUAACAAAGGAUCCAGUAGAACUUGUUCUGAAUCCGUACUCAUGGACAAAGUUAGCAAACAUAAUAUUUCUAGACGCUCCUGCCGGUACUGGUUUCUCAUACUCCACAACAACAGAUGGCUACAACACUAGUGACACCAUUCAUGCAAAACGAGCUUCUGAGUUUCUUCGAAAGUGGCUUUCGACUCAUCGCAAGUUUCUUGCAAAUCCACUCUACAUUUCUGGUGAUUCGUACUCGGGCAAGAUUGUUCCUAUCAUUGUUCAAGAGAUAGUUAAUGGUAUUGAAGCUGGAACAGAGCCACCUUUGAAUCUCAAAGGAUACGUAAUCGGCGAUCCAGUUACAAAUGAAAAAGAGGAUUUGAAUUCGAGAAUUGAAUUUGCUCAUCGCAUGGCGCUUAUAUCAAAUAGAAUGUACGAGUCCACCAAAAAGAAUUGCAAGGGGGAAUACGUAGACGUGGAUCCGAACAAUCAACUCUGCCUCAACAAUCUUCAAUCUUUCAAGGAGUGCACUAGCAGACUUGACGAUAGUCAUAUAUUGGCACCUGCAUGCGUUCCUCGUAUCAAUCACAACGAACAAACCACAUUUGGAUGGGACUGGGACUCUGUUGAUGAUAAUUUCUUAAGCUUUCCCUUUCCUGAAAGUUUGUGUCGGGCGGAUAGGCUUCGGUAUUCUGUGGUUUGGGCAAAUGAUAUGGAAGUUCGUAAAGCUCUUAACAUUCGGGAGGGAACAAAAGGUGAAUGGGUAAGAUGCAAUAGAACAACACCUUACAUAAAAGAUGUUCAACGUGCUGUUGAAUAUCAUCGAAAUCUUAGCCAAAAAUCCCUUCGGGCUUUUGUCUACAGUGGGGAUCAUGACUUGAGCGUUCCCUAUGUAAGUACAGAAGCAUGGAUAGAAUCCCUGAGCUUGCCAAUUGAUGAUGAUUGGAAACCAUGGUUCUCUAACAAUCAAGUUGCAGGAUACACUGUUAGGUAUUCGAAUGGAGAUUAUCAUUUGACAUAUGCGACUAUAAAGGGAGGAGGUCAUACAGCUCCGGAGUUUAAUCCAAGAGAAUGCUUUGAUAUGAUCAAACGGUGGCUAGAGCAUUCCCCACUUUAAUAUAAUUAGUAUGUCAAGAUUAAUGGAUAGGAUGUUGAAUUAUGAGUGCUUUUCUUGAUUUGAUUUAAUAAGUGGUUAAUUUAUUUUUGUGGGUAA